AUGCUCCAGGCGAUUUUAACCAAGAUGGGGCAGCUCGACGACAUCAAGUCCCGACUAGACAAGCUCGAAGGCAAAUCGCCGCAGUCCUGCCCCAACCGUCAACCCUCCACAAACGCGUCCCAGCUUUGCCAAUGUUGCGGCAAAGGCACCAGCCAAAGCCCCGGAGGUCAAGCCUCUAACAUUGCCGCAGCCAUCAAGAGGGAUAUCGCCAAACCGGCGCCCGCACAGAGCGACGACAAGAAUUUUGUUGUUCGCUUUAAGACUCUACCAGUCACACAACCAAACCCCGAAAGCAUAUUCGUGGCCAUGCGAGAAUGCCUUGAUGCCGCAAACCGCAACCUCGGCAAGGUAGACUCACCAGAGUCCGAUGGUCACUAA